AAUUAGUCUUCGACGACUCCUCUCUAGUAAUUUUACUUUCAAAAAUAACCCCUCCUUCGCUCGCUCCAGCGGGGCGCAGCAGGGCUGACGGAGAUGAGCCUUGCGAAGCAGGCGACGCUGCUAAAGCAGAGCUCUGCAUUAAAAAUAAAUCGGUAAUAUUAUCUAUAUCUAAAGCACUCCCUCCCGCGCUUCGCGAGCUUUGGGCAGGGCGAGCCGUGUUUUUUAAAGUUGUUAAACUAUCUCCAAUUCAAUUGAUA